AUGCCGUCCGCUUCUUUCGCCCUGACACCGGGCCUGGAGUCAUUCCUCCAUUGUCUUAAGACAAAUCCAGUCGAUACUUCUAUUGAGACUUUGAUCUCAUUGCUCAAGCGACGUCAAAUCCGCCAUUCGCGAUCAUGUGCUACAGCAACUGCCUGCCUGCUGCGCACUGUUAUCUCACAGUGUCGUACAACUGAUUCAGCAAAGAUUAUUGAGCGGGUGCAGACCGUGGGAAGGCGGCUAAUGGCUGCGCAACCGCGGGAGAUGGUUGUGGGCAAUAUUGUGCGCCGAGUCCUCGGCCUUAUUCGCGACGAAGCGGAAGAUGAUCGCGAGGCUGAGUUUUCUCUCAGUGAAGUGGGCACCGAAAGUCAGCCCCAGACACCACGGGCAUAUGACGAUCCAUCCUUGCCUUUGGAUCGUGACUCCCCCUCGCUCCGCGAUGAUAGAGCAACUCGUCCUCCUUUAACCUCCAUGUUCAGCCUUCUCUCACAACCCGAACCCGAGAACUCCCUCCCAAGCACGCCAGGGUCCCUUUCCCCCGGUGGACGUCUAUUCAGCCACGGCCCAACCAAGGAUAUAAGAGCUGAGGUGUUGGAAGGUGUCAAGGAAAUCAUUGACGAGCUGGGCCAGGUCGACGACCAGAUUGCUGCCUACGCCCUGGACCACAUCCACUCUAACGAAAUCAUCCUCACACACACCUCCUCGACAACCGUCCAAAAAUUCUUGCUCAAAGCCGCUGCCAAGCGCAAGUUCACUGUUAUUCAUGCAGAGUCGUACCCAAACAAUCACGAUGCUGUCCAUGCUACUGUCAGCGGUGCCGCUAUCAAUGAGGAUGACAAUCUCGGCCUAGAAGCUUUCCAGAAGCCACUUAUUGAGCACGGAAUCACUGUUAUUCUCAUUCCAGACUCUGCAGUCUUUGCUCUCAUGUCGCGCGUCAACAAGGUCAUUCUGGGUACACACUCCGUUCUCGCUAACGGUGGACUCAUUGCCGCUGCUGGUACUCGUAUCAUUGCUCGCGCCGCCAAGGUCCACCAGACCCCAGUCGUGGUUGUCAGCGGUGUUUACAAGCUCAGCCCUGUUUAUCCCUUUGACUUCGACUCUCUCAUCGAAUACGGUGACCCCAGCAAGGUUCUCUCAUACGAGGAUGGUGACCUUGUCGAUCAGAUCGAUGUUCAGAACCCCAUUUAUGACUAUGUUCCCGCUGAACUCGUUGACCUUUACAUCACUAACCUCGGCGGCCAUGCACCUUCAUACCUUUACCGUAUUGUGUCAGACCACUACCGCAAGGAGGAUAUUAGCUUCUAA